AUGAUGAAACCAAUUUUCCACAUACUUGCGAUUUUGUCGCUACUUUUCACCCUUGUGCUGGCUGGUAGACAGCGGCCUUUUACUCCCAGCCUCGGUCCUGGUCGUAAAAUUGACCCAGCAAUGCUCGUGGGCUGCUGCCAGCCGGGAUACAACAAGAUAUGUCGAGACGGCAGUGAGCCGAAUCCGUAUUGCGGAGUGGGAGCAGUCGUGUCCAAGUAUUCGUCGGCAUUGAACAUACAUGAGGCCGUGAGACAGGUCGAAAGAGCAGGUGGUGGUAACGUUAGGGGGAAUCACAAAGGCAGUGGUCGAUUAGGGUUAGUUGUCAUCAUAGGUAUCCAUUGA